CACUCAUCCUCACUCAGUUCACCAACAGCUUUCUUGCCUCUAUCUCUCUCUCUCUGAAUUCUCUUCUAGGGUUUUAGUUGGGACCUUUGUUAAGAUCUUAAAUGGAAGUCGAAACCCCGUCACUUGCCAGCUUCGAUUUGCAGUCGAAAUCGUCGUUCCCUUGCUCGUCGAAUCUCGCGACCGAGUCGUCAAAACUCUGCUCUCAAGAAUGCGGGAGCUCUGAAACGUCUCUUUCUUUGAAUGGUGACACAGAAGCCAUAGCGGCUUAUGUUGCUGAAUGCAAGAGUUCUAAACUGUUGACUGCUUCCGAUCAUGCUCAGAAAUUGACGGCGACCAAUGGCCAUGGCUUCGUGAGCCAGGAAACCUCCGUUGUUUUGAGCCCCUGUGUUAAACAGCCGGGAAUCAAUGGUCAUGGAGGCCCGAGUUCUGAAUCCACAGCUGCCGUGAAGCUGCAGAAAGUUUACAGGAGUUAUCGUACACGGCGCAGGUUAGCAGAUUCCGCCGUUGUCGCUGAAGAGCUUUGGUGGCAAGCUAUCGACUUUGCUCGGCUAAAUCACAGUACGAUUUCGUUCUUCAACUUCUCGAAACCGGAAACUGCAGCUUCGCGAUGGAACCGAGUCAGAUUAAAUGCUUCAAAGGUGGGAAAGGGUUUAUCCAAAGACGCCAAAGCUCAGAAAUUAGCAUUUCAGCACUGGAUUGAAGCUAUCGAUCCACGACAUAGAUACGGUCACGGCUUGCACAUCUAUUAUGAAGAGUGGUGUAAAACAGAUGCUGGCCAGCCAUUCUUCUACUGGUUGGAUAUUGGAGAUGGCAAAGAGGUUGAUCUCAAAGAAUUCCCAAGAUCUAAACUUCGACAACAAUGCAUCAAAUACCUUGGACCUCAAGAGAGGGAAAACUAUGAAUACUUGGUUGUCAAUGGGAAAAUCGUGCAUAAACAAACACAAACAUUUCUUGAUACACGUAUAUCACGAGAUGCAAAAUGGAUUUUUGUGAUGUGCACCUCUAAGAAACUCUAUUCUGGCAAGAAAGAGAAGGGGUCAUUUCAUCAUUCCAGCUUCCUUGCGGGAGGAACUACUUUGGCAGCUGGAAGACUUGAUGCUGAAAAUGGAGUGCUCAAGUCUAUCUCAGCAUAUAGUGGGCAUUACCGCCCAACUGAUGAGAAUCUUGAUGGUUUCCUAGCCUUCCUCGGGGAUAACGGAGUCAACAUCAAUGAAGUUCAGAUAAAAUCCUCUACUGAAGACUAUGACAACAAUGAAGACAAAUUAGCAAAAGAGGGGAUCACUAGAGUCCCAACAAUUCCAGAACCUCUACAACUUCAAAGUUCCAUUGAAGUGGAGAAAGAGCAGCCCAUCAAAGAAACUGAAGUUUCCCAAACUGAAAAAACUGAAGAUGCUCAAACUGAAAGCAGAGGUACUUACAAGAGGACCUUAUCUGGUGGUCUCCGAAGUCCAAGAGCAGAAGUCCCCAAGAAAGCAAUAUUGCAGAGGAUCAAUUCCAAGAAAGCAGCAAGUUCAUAUCAGCUGGGUCAUCAACUCUCGUUAAAAUGGUCAACGGGAGCUGGUCCAAGGAUUGGUUGUGUUGCAGACUACCCUCUAGAACUGAGGGUACAAGCCUUAGAAUUUGUGAACCUCUCCCCAAGGCUUCCCCCCACACCAUUGUCUUCUCGACAGUUUGGCGGUCUUGUUUUACCUUCACCUCGUCCCAUCUCCGGUUUCUCUAAUAGGGAUAGGACAUCUAUCGUCUAGACAAACUCUUUUAUGUUAUCAUCCCCCGACUGCUAUCACUGCAUGUAAAUUACCCCUCUAUUUACAACAUAUCAAUUCUGUCUCUGGGAAUCUAGGAAUGCAGCAUUUUGCGUUACC